CAAGUUUGCAAGCCGCGGCUGGGGCGGGAGAGACAGGCGGAAGAUCCCAGAUCCCGCGGUCCUGCAGCGAUCCCUGGCCCUCCUGCCUGGGAAAUGCAAAGGGAAAGAGCAGCGGAGAGCCGUUCCGAGCCGGGGGGCCUGGCAGAAGGCUUCCUCCAGAGCCAGGCGGACGACUAGACGCCGGGAAGGUCACAGUCCAGAAAAUGGUGGAAGGCUCACCUGAUUAUAGCCAGAGGUGGAGAGCCAGGAUCUUUCCCUUUAUUCCUCUGACUCUUCUGUUUGCCCCCUGCGUGGCUGCUGUUUUAGGUACAUGGACCAUUCAUGGAGAUGUAUCCUGAGUCAGACAAGGAUCCGUCAAAAACCUGCCAGGAGCUGCCAUUCAGGGGCAUCAAGCAGGAGUAUCCAACGCCUGACACCUCCUCGGGCUUUGGAACCACAUUGCCAACACUUUCUGAGUUGUCUCAUUGUGUUGGAGAUGGAGCAGCUGCUAGGCAGCCAGUUCAGGGCCCGGAGUCUUUUGAGGAGGUGGGUGUGGCUUUCAAUGAGAUGGACAAAAGUCCACCAGACCGGGAAAGCAAAUUCAUGAUGGAGAGUGAUGGGAACGUUGAUCUUCUGAGAGUUGAGGAGCAUCACAGAGACAGUGAGAGGGAAACUUUUGGGUCAUCUACAGAAAGAGCCUGGGAUCUAGAGGUGGAAGAAAAUUUGGGGAAUCAAGAAAGAUCAAAGACUCCAGGAAGAGACAGUCAUAUCUCUGAAUCCAAUAACUCUUGGAGUGACCAUGUCCAUGAAACUCCAUUACAACAAGAAAUGCAGAAAGAAAAGAGAAAGAAUAAGUGCCCCAUAUGUGCAAAAACUUUCAGUAAAGAAUCAAACAUGAAGAGACAUCAGAGAAUCCAUACAGGGGAGAGACGGUACACAUGCUCAUAUUGUGGAGAAACCUUUCGUCAGACAUCCAAUCUGGUCAGACAUCAGAGAAUCCAUACAGGGGAGAAACCGUAUACUUGCCUGGAGUGUGGCAGGAGCUUCAGCCGGAGUGCAGACCUUACUUGCCAUGAAAGAAUCCACACAGGAGUGAAGCCAUACAAGUGCUCUUUCUGUGGCAAGUGUUUUGCGGCAAAAUCGAGUCUCAAUGGCCAUCACAAACUCCACACUGGAGAAACUCCAUAUAAAUGUUUGGAGUGUGGGAAGAGUUUCAGGUGGAGCACACACCUCAUCAGGCAUCAAAGCGUCCAUACAGGUGAGAGGCCCUAUAUGUGCUUGGAAUGUGGAAAGACUUUUAGUGACAAUGGAAACCUUCUUUCACACCAAAGAAUCCACACAGGAGAGUGCCCAUAUAAGUGCUCUGAAUGUGGAAAGAGCUUCCAGAUGAGUGCAUCUUUAAGUUCACACCAAAAAGUGCACACAGGUGUGAAACCAUAUAAAUGCUUGGAAUGUGGGAAAAGUUUCAGCCACAAUGGAAACCUUCUUUCGCAUCAAAAAGUUCACACUGGAGAGAAACCUUAUCAGUGCUUGGAGUGUGGAAAGAGGUUCAAGGUGAGCACAUCCCUCACAUCACACCAGCGACUCCACACAGGAGAGAAACCAUAUCAGUGCUCAGAGUGUGGGAAGAGUUUCAGUCACAGCACAGGCCUUACUUUACACCAAAUAAUUCACACUGGGGAGAAACCUUUUAAAUGCCUGGAGUGUGGAAAGAACUUCAACCGGAGUACGACUCUUAGUUCUCAUCAAAGGAUCCAUACAGGGGAGAAACCUUUUAAAUGCUCUGAGUGUGGAAAGAGCUUCAGCCGGAGCACAACCCUUAAUUCCCAUCAAAGAAUCCAUACAGGAGAAAAACCAUAUCAGUGUUCAGAGUGUGGCAAGCGUUUCUGUGCCAAAUCGAGCCUGAAUGAGCAUCAAAGGCUGCACACAGGAGUGAAACCAUAUAAAUGUUCUGAGUGUGGAAAGAGCUUCCUAUGGAACACGCACCUUAUUAAACAUCAAAGAAUACACACAGGGGAGAAACCCCACACAUGUCUGGAGUGUGGGAAGAGCUUCAGCCAGCGCACAACACUUACUAAUCAUCAGAGAAUCCACACAGGGGAGAAACCCUACCAGUGUUCUGAGUGUGGAAAGAGCUAUCGGUGGAGUACAAGCCUGAUUACGCACAACUGCAUGCACACAGGGAGAUACCAUAUAAAUGCUCAGAGUGUAGAAAGCGUUUCCAUAGGUGCACAACCCUUAGUUCUCAUCAAAGAAUCCAUUCAGGGGAGAAACCAGUUAAGUGUUUGGAGCGUGGAAGGAGAUUCAGGUAGAGCACAGUCCUAACUUCACAUGAGAGAACCUGUUGACUGUUAAAUUUCUCAUGUGUUUCUAUUGCAGGGGAGGAAAAACACCUCAAAAAGAUUCAACCAUAAGCAGUUUAUUUUAACUGGAGUUUCCAGGGCAUGCAUUUAGUGGGGUGCAUCUUAACCCUAUCCUCCUACUUUAUUGAACACAGUUUGGAACCUUCCUUCAACUUCAGUUUCUCUUCCUUGGAGGAUGGUUGGAUCCACCCCAACAUUUGUAUGCAAUAUCUUGACUGGGUCGCUCAUCCAAUGCAAUUUAAAAGACACAUCAUAAUGAAGUGUAUGUGUGUUACGUUCCAUCAAAUCACUUCCGACUUAUGGUGACUCUAUGAAUGAAAGACCUCCAAAACAUCCUGUCAUUGACCCUCUCAGAUCUUGCAAACUGGAGGAUGUGGCUUCCUGGUGGUCAUGACCUGUUGAUUGGUGUUUUUAUAAUAUAACCUGCAUGACAAAUUCUGCUCAUGUCUUCUCCUGAGACCAUGAACAUUAUUGAGCGCAGGAUGCUGCCUUAUUCUGAAUCAGACCCUUGGUCCAUCAAGAUCAGUAUGGUCUACUCAGACUGGCUUCAGCUCCCCAGGGUCUUAUGCAGAGGGCUUUGACAUCACCUCCUUUCUGGUCCCUUUAACUGGGAAUUGAACGUGGGGCCUUUUGUGUGCCAAGCAGACGCUCUGCCACUGAGCCACGGCCCCUCCCCAUAACAGGAGUCUUUCGAACAAACAAACCGAUUUCCUACAGAGGAAAUAUAUGCAUGGCCCAGUUCUGUCUGCCCUGAUGUGUUUCCUAUCCAUUUAUAUGGAUUUUUUCUAAGAGGAUGUUCAUCACAGGUUCCACCAUGCUGAGAGUCACACCGCAUUUAUGGGUUCCAGCUGUUACUUGGAUUGAUGGGAGUUUUGAAGUUCACUUGGAACUUUGACGGGUUGUAUUGUGAUUUCAGUUUUUACUCUUUAGUAUCUAUGUUACAGUAAAAAGAGUCCCUGUAGGAUGGGGUACCAUGGCGCAGAGUGGUAAGUUGUAGUACUGCAGCCCAAGCUCUGCUCACGACCUGAGUUCAAUCCUGGCGGAAGCUGGUUUCAGGUAGCCAGCUCAGGAUUGACUCAGCCUUCCAUCCUUCCAAGAUUGGUAAAAUGAGUACCCAGUUUCCUGGGGGUAAAGUGUAGAUGGUUGGGGAAGGCAAUGGCAAACCACCCCGUAACAGAAGUCUGCCAAGAAAACGUCAUGAUGCAACAUCCCCCCAUGGGUCAGUAAUGACUUGGUGCUUGCACAGGGGACUACUUUUACCUUUUUAGGAUGGGGUACAUGUAAGUAAAAAGGGCAACACACAUUUCUACUAAGCAACUUGUAUAAAUGAGUUGUUUAAUAACAACAACAUUUGAUUUAUAUACCGCCCUUCAGGACAACUUAAUGCCCACUCAAAGUGGUUUACAAAGUAUGUCAUUAUUAUCCCCACAACAAAACACCCUGUGAGGUGGGUGGGGCUGAGAGAGCUCUGAGAGAGCUGUGACUGACCCAAGGUCACCCAGCUGGCUUAAGGGGGAGGAGUGGGGAAUCAAACCCGGUUCUCCAGAUUAGAGUCCCGUGGUCUUAACCACUACACCAAACUGGCUCUCUGGGACUGUUUGAAUCCAAGGAGAUA